AUUGAUAGUUAAAAUGAAUAAUAAUUCAAUGGCAACCUUUCUUUUCUUUCUUUUUUAGUACUCAUAAAUUUUUUACAACAUUGAAAAAACAAGAGUGAUUCCCAUAUCUAUAAUGAAGAAAGGAAAGAUCUGUUGCCAAAGACCACCCAAUUAACACACAAGUUUUUCAUCAACAUUUUGGUGAAAAAUAGUUAGUUUUAAUUACUAGAUUAUGUUUUGAAAAAACUGAAAAAAUGGCAAGUUUAUCAGGAGCACCAUCUAAGAAAGCAAUACGUAGCCCUGGAGGAACAAAUCCAGGUGGUUCUCAAGGUGGUAAUAAAGGAAAUUCAAGUGGACAAACAGUAAAAUUUGCGCGACGAACGUCGAGUGGACGAUAUGUGAGCUUGUCAAGAGAAGAUCUUGACAUGUCAGGGGAAUUUUCAGGUGAUUAUAUGAAUUACACUGUACAAAUUCCGCCGACGCCUGAUAAUCAGCCUAUGGACACGUCCGUGGCAGCAAAAGCUGAAGAACAAUACGUUUCUAAUUCGCUGUUUACCGGAGGAUUUAACAGCGUUACUCGUGCACAUCUCAUGGAUAAGGUCAUUGAAUCUGAAGUUAGUCAUCCUCAAAUGGCUGGAUCCAAGGGUUCGUCGUGUUCGAUGCCUGCUUGUGAUGGAAAGAUCAUGAAAGAUGAAAGGGGAAAUGAUGUAAUCCCUUGUGAAUGCAGGUUCAAAAUAUGUAGAGAUUGUUACAUGGACGCACAAAAGGACACUGGUCUAUGCCCGGGUUGCAAAGAACCUUACAAGAUCGGAGAUAUUGAUGACGAGAUUCCAAAUUUUAACAAUGGAGCAUUGUCUUUACCGGCACCAGAUGGUGCCAAAGGGAGUCGUGCCAACAUGUCAAUGAUGAAAAGAAAUCAAAAUGGAGAGUUUGAUCAUAACAAAUGGCUGUUUGAGACACAGGGCACCUAUGGAUAUGGAAAUGCUUAUUGGCCUGAUGAUAGAGAUGGAGAUGAUGGCGGCGAUGGAAUGCAAAAAGGCGUGCUCGAUACAUCUGCUGAAAUACCUUGGAAACCCCUUAGUAGGAAGUUGCCAAUACCGCAUAGCAUUAUUAGCCCUUAUAGGUUGCUAAUUGUUAUUCGACUAGUGGUAUUGGGCUUCUUCUUGACAUGGAGAAUAAGACAUCCGAACCCGGAUGCAAUAUGGCUAUGGCUGAUGUCAAUUAUAUGUGAAAUAUGGUUUGCAUUUUCAUGGAUUUUGGAUCAAAUUCCUAAGGUGACGCCUGUUAACCGCUCUACUGAUCUAGUGGUACUGCGCGAGAAGUUUGAAAUGCCAUCACCAUCAAAUCCUUCGGGUAGGUCAGAUCUCCCUGGAGUUGAUUUAUUCGUGUCAACGGCUGAUCCAGAUAAAGAGCCACCCCUCGUCACAGCCAAUACAAUCCUAUCCAUUCUAGCAGUUGACUAUCCCGUGGAGAAGCUAGCUUGCUACAUUUCAGACGAUGGCGGUGCACUUCUAACUUUUGAGGCAAUGGCUGAAGCUGCUAGCUUUGCAGAUUUGUGGGUACCAUUCUGCAGGAAACAUGAUAUUGAGCCUAGGAAUCCUGAAGCCUAUUUUGCCUUGAAAGGCGAUCCUACUAAGAACAAGAAGCGAUCUGAUUUCGUCAAAGAUAGACGAAGGGUUAAAAGGGAAUAUGAUGAAUUUAAGGUAAGGAUAAAUGGUCUGCCAGAUUCCAUAAGAAGGAGAUCGGAUGCAUUUAACGCUCGAGAGGAAAUGAAGCAGUUAAAGCACAUGAAAGAGAGCGGCGCUGAUCCUGCAGAGAUAAUCAAAGUUCAAAAGGCUACUUGGAUGGCUGAUGGAACUCACUGGCCGGGAACAUGGGCAUCCCCGAGUAGGGAUCAUGCCAAAGGUGAUCAUCCUGGAAUCCUUCAGGUAAUGUUGAAACCCCCUAGUAGUGAUCCACUAAUGGGAGGGGGUGAAGAAAGCUUUUUGGAUUUUUCUGACGUGGACAUAAGGCUUCCAAUGUUUGUGUACGUGUCGCGUGAGAAGCGGCCUGGGUAUGAUCAUAAUAAAAAAGCUGGUGCCAUGAACGCACUUGUGCGAGCUUCAGCUAUAUUGUCUAAUGGCGCAUUCAUACUCAACCUUGAUUGUGAUCACUAUAUAUACAACUGCUUAGCUAUUCGUGAAGGGAUGUGUUUCAUGAUGGAUAGAGGUGGAGAAGACAUAUGUUAUAUUCAAUUCCCUCAACGAUUUGAAGGCAUCGAUCCCUCUGAUCGUUAUGCCAAUCACAAUACUGUGUUUUUCGAUGGAAAUAUGCGUGCACUUGAUGGCCUCCAGGGUCCUAUGUAUGUUGGGACGGGUUGCAUGUUUAGGCGAUUUGCACUUUACGGCUUUGAUCCAGCACAACCUGAUAAGAUACCACAAAAGGGUGCAGAGGCUCAGGCACUGAAAGCCACAGAUUACGAUCCUGACUUAGAUGUGAAUCUACUACCUAAGCGUUUCGGAAACUCAACAAUGUUAUCCGAGUCUAUUCCAAUUGCUGAGUUCCAAGGCCGCCCUAUCGCUGAUCACCCUGCUGUCAAGUUCGGACGACCUCCUGGUGCUCUUCGAGCCCCAAAGGAACCACUUGAUGCCACCACUGUCGCCGAAGCAGUCUCUGUCAUAUCUUGUUGGUAUGAAGACAAGACGGAGUGGGGUGAUCGAGUAGGAUGGAUUUAUGGUUCGGUGACAGAAGAUGUGGUUACUGGAUACAGAAUGCACAACCGUGGAUGGCGUUCUGUUUAUUGCAUAACAAAGCGCGAUGCCUUCCGUGGAUCAGCACCCAUAAACUUAACAGACAGGCUUCACCAAGUGCUCCGUUGGGCAACGGGUUCUGUUGAAAUCUUUUUCUCAGGAAACAAUGCAUUUCUAGCAUCCAGAAAACUCAAGGUCCUCCAACGUCUCGCGUACCUGAACGUUGGCAUUUAUCCAUUCACUUCCCUUUUCCUAAUCGUCUACUGUUUUCUCCCUGCACUCUCCCUCAUCUCAGGCCAAUUCAUCGUCCAAAAUCUCAACGUCGCAUUCCUCAUAUUUCUAUUAACUAUAACUGUAUGUCUCAUCGGGUUAGCUCUCCUGGAAGUGAAAUGGUCCGGCGUUGCACUAGAAGAUUGGUGGCGAAACGAACAGUUUUGGCUCAUUUCAGGAACUAGUGCCCAUCUUGCUGCUGUAGUUCAAGGUCUCUUGAAAGUAAUUGCUGGCAUUGAAAUUUCUUUCACACUGACUUCUAAAUCUGCUGGAGAAGACGUCGACGACAUCUACGCCGAUUUGUACUUAGUCAAAUGGACUUCAUUGAUGAUCCCACCUAUAGUUAUUGGUAUGAUUAACAUUAUUGCUAUUGUGAUUGCAUUUUCCAGGGCAGUGUUUGCUACAGUUCCAGAAUGGGGCAAGUUUAUAGGUGGAGCUUUCUUUGCUUUUUGGGUUUUAGCUCAUUUAUAUCCUUUUGCUAAAGGAUUAAUGGGCAGAAGAAGAAAAACACCUACAAUUGUGUUUGUUUGGUCAGGACUUAUUGCAAUUACACUCUCCUUGUUAUGGGUAGCUAUAAAUCCACAACAAGGUAAUCCUGUACAAGGUAUUGGUGGCUUUCAGUUUCCUUAAGUCAUCAAUUCAGAUUAAUUAAAACCAAAAUAUAUGUUGUCAGGAUUUAGAGAAAGUAGAUUUGAAAUUAAUGUAAUAUAUUAUGUUGAUUUUUUUCAUUUUUUUUGGGGCAUAUAUAGAGUUCGAGUAAAAAAUAAUGGAUCUCGAAACAUUUACGCUAGCAUGUAUCUCGAAAGAGACCACUUAAGGAAACAUUGUUAUGUUUUACAAAAUUUGCAAGUUAUUGGCUUUUUAUGUUUGUGUA